CAGAGCUAACGUUUAGUAAAACUAUCUCAUCUACUGCAUAAAUUUUCAUUCUUCGAAAUCGUCUAUCAGAGUUUAUCGACUUGAUUUUAAUAUCUUGAUUAAUCAUUGAUUAAUCAUUGAAAGAACCAACUCCAAGGAUUUUCUCGACAAUCUUAUCGCGAGAUUAAAAGAAUCGCUUAAUGCGAUGUGAUUUAAUAAAACGCCAAUAACCAGAUAGAGUGGCGCAAAAGUAAUCGUUUAUUUUUAAGCCAAAUUUCUCGCGUCUCGGUUCUAAACUGCUCGAGGUACAAUGGAAGCCUUCGCUUCACAAUCGCGAAACCGUGAUGAAGAUCCAGUCGGUGAGUAUGAGCUUCUUCAAUUGAACGUUCUUGGCUCGUACGAUCGUGAGAAACUCGGCGCCUGCCUCAGCUUGAAUAUUACGAGUUAUGCGAGCUUCUCUUGGCAAGAGGUACGGUCGUGACCAGGCAAGUUCCAGGCAUCGUAUGUGCUGCCAAUAUUUUGCCUAAACAAAACACAAUUACGUCAACUAUACAAGUAUAUUUCUUGUAGAAUAUAUAGACAAACAACUGAUCUUCUUCGUGAAUCAUAUAUAUUUUCAUUUACAAUAGAAUUCUACUGACUAUAAAACCAGAAAGAUUACAGCAACCAAGCAGUUUUCUACGCAGUUUUAA